AGCCGCAUUCGGUUACAAAACAAGUAGAGGAAGAAGAAUAUUGGCCGAAGAAGAAUAAAACAAGCAUGGCAGGAAACAUAAGUAGCAGUGCGGUUCCGAUAACUAGUUCUUUGUCUAAACUACAGUCUUUAAAUGGAUUGUUUGCAAUAUAUAAAAAACAAGGGCCGACAUCUGCAGACGUGUUAAAUACCGUCAAAGAAGCUUUACUCAAGGAAGCUGGAGUGCAAACCCCCACUCCGCGAAAGAGGAAGAAGCAGAGCCUGAAGAUGGGGCACGGAGGGACGCUGGACAGCGCUGCCAGUGGGGUGUUAGUUGUUGGUGUUGGGAAUGGCACAAAGAUGCUCAGUACAAUGUUGGCUGGUUCUAAGAAAUAUGUUGCUGUGGGGGAACUGGGGAAAGCAACAGAUACUCUUGAUGCCACUGGCAGUGUUAUUCUGGAGAAAGACUUUGAACACAUAACCAGGUUGGACAUUGAGGACAAGCUGAAAGCUUUCACUGGUAACAUCAUGCAAGUUCCUCCACUCUACUCAGCACUGAAAAGAGACGGCCAACGUCUGUCUGUCCUGCUGAAGAAAGGUCACAAGGUUGAGGCCAAACCAGCCAGACCAGUCACUGUGUACAACCUGACCCUGCAAGAGUUCAAACCGCCUCUCUUCACUCUGGAUAUUGAGUGUGGUGGUGGAUUUUAUGUCAGAAGCUUGGUGGAUGACCUGGGAAAAGCGCUGUCAUCAUGUGCUCAUGUGAAGGAACUGAUCCGGACCAAGCAGGGUCAGUUCACCCUGGAGGAGCAUGCCUUACAUGAGGAGCAGUGGACACUGGAGCAAAUCCUGCUCUCUCUGUGGCCCUGCAGAGAGAGCAGGAUGUCAGAGCAGGGUGUGGACUGCACAAAACCACCAGAAGCCGACACCUUAGAAACACACACUGAACAGGACCCAAAGGGAAAGUGAAAAGCUGGGAUUGCUCUCCGUUUCAUGGUUAGUCAUGAGUCACCUGCUUGGCUUUUCCAAUGAAGAGAACAUCCUGUCUAAACACAUCAGGUUCUCCUGGAUAUUUUAAGGUGUGUGGCUGAGCAAAUGAAGUGACAAAUUGAGACAAAUGUCACAACCACUGUUGUUUUGGAACUCAAUGGACCAGUAUAAUUACUCUACGCUGGACUCGUGAUUUCUGUCUCGUCUCUCUCAUCUGCUAUUUGUUUUAAUUACAUUUGUAAAUAAUUCUGUAUUUGGAAUUGACAUCCCCACUCUACCCUCCACCCCAGCCUCUGUCUUCACCUGUUCAUAUCCCUCCUGCUAUUGUAGAGCUGGGUGAUAGAAACAUUGUACAGUAUACAUACUUAUCACAAUUUCAAAAAUAAUAUCCACUAUAUGAAAAUGAGAAAUGAUAUACUGUGUUAGGGAAGAUUGCUUGACAAUGCAAACAGCAGUUUUCAACUUUUGAGGCUUUAAAGUCUAACAGACUUACAGUGUAUAUUAAACAAAAAAACAUUUCACACUGCAGGAUUUACAAUGAUUUAUGCUGAAAAGAUUUAAAAUAUGAGUUUAUUUUUGUAUAAUUUCUUUCUGAAAAUAGUUUGUUUGCAGCCAUCUUAAAGAUCAGCAGAAACAUUAACUUCAUUUAUAUUGUGAUAUAAUAGUAUGUUGAUAUUGACUGAUGUACGUAAAAAAGGAGUCUUGUGAAAACAUUUUGCCAGCCGUAUGGUCUUGAUCUGGGCAUUAGCUUCAUGUAGUAGGUGGUCCUGUAUGAAACAAUAGCAGUUACACCUUCUCUAGCCCUGCUGUAAAAUACAUUUGCAAAGCAGGUGAAAUAUAUUCUAUUAGUCAUUUUACCUUGAGAUUUAUUUGUGGAACUGCCUGCUGGUUGCUCUAAACAGUGAAGAAAUUUGACAUGCGAAUAUAAGCGAUUUCUGUUCUUUCAGUACACAGGUUUUUUUGGGUUUUUUUGUUUUUAAGAUUGGUGUACUGAAAGUGUUGUUGCAUCGGCAGUGGUGUGUAUACUGCAUGUCUAAUUUAAAUAAAUAUUCAAGUGAAACUAAAAAA